AUGGCUUCGAAGCUCAGCCCAUUCGCUCUGCGAUCGAGCCUCCGCGCCGUGCGGAGAGCCCGCCAGCCCCAAUGGCGCGCCUUCACCACCUCCCCGGCCGUCCGGAGCGAUGCUCUCGCCGUCCACAGAAACACGCCCGAGAACAACCCUUCGAUACCGUUCAAGUUCAACGAGCAGAAUGAGAAGCUCAUCCAGGAGGUUCUCGCUCGCUACCCCAGCCAGUACAAGAAGGCCGCCGUCAUGCCGCUGCUCGACCUGGGCCAGCGCCAGCACGGCUUCACCAGCAUCAGCGUCAUGAACGAGGUCGCCCGCAUUCUCGAGAUGCCUCCCAUGCGCGUCUACGAGGUCGCCACCUUCUACACCAUGUACAACCGCGACCCCGUCGGCCGCUUCCACGUCCAGUGCUGCACUACGACUCCCUGCAUGCUCCGGGACAGCGACGGCAUCAUGAAGGCCAUCGAGGAGGAGCUUGGCGUCAGCCACGGCCACACGACCAAGGACGGCCUCUUCACCUUCACCGAGGUCGAGUGCCUGGGCGCCUGCGCCAACGCGCCCAUGGUGCAGAUCAACGACGACUACUACGAGGACCUCACGCCCGAGACGACCAAGUCGCUGCUCAAGGCCCUGCGCGAGGCUGCCAAGGCCACGGGCGCCAGCGGCGGUGCCGACGGCCUCGCCACCAGCACCAUCCACAUCACCGGGGCCGAGGACUCGCGCGUCCAGACCCCCAGUGAGGGCAAGGGCCGCACUUACACGGCGAACGGCGUCAAGAUACCCGCGCCCGGCCCGCUCAGCGGAAGGGAUACCUGCGAGCCCGCGAAGGGCUUGACGUCGCUGACCGGCGAGCCGUGGGGCGCCGAGAAGUUCAGGACGGAUGGUGCUCUUGACUAA